CAACAAAAAGCACGUGUAUUGUUUUGCCGCAUGGUUUCUUGGCCGGGCGCAGUGCUUUCCACUCGUUAAAGAUAAUUGUAGUGUUUUUACCGAUUCUUGUGGUUUAGUUGCCAAUGUAAAGAUGGCCACCAGUUUAGCAGCACAGCUAAAACGUUUGGCCGCGCCCCAAACGUCUACGCAGCAGGAUUUUCGCAAAACCGCAUCGAUUCUGUUUGACGCCAAGGAAGCGGCAUCCAAAGAUCGGGAAGUAAUCUUCGACAUCGGCGUUAGCGGACUGGAGGAGCUGAUUCAAAUGCAUGGCGCCUUUGCCCAGUUUGAGGACACGCUGUUCGACAAGAAAUCGAUCGAUUUGCAGCGAUCCGUCGAGAAUCAGGUGGUGAACGAAAAGCUUGAUAACAACAUCAAAAAGUUUUUCUACCACCUUUCGCCGUAUUUCAUGCUGCAGCCGGCACACAAGUGCCUGGAGUGGUUGAUACGACGCUUCGAGAUCCAUAAGUACAACAGGGUGGAGUUUGUGCACCUCAUACUGCCGUACCAUGAAACGCGCAUUUUUGUUCGCUGUGUGCAAACGAUGCAGGUGGAGGAGUUCAACGAUAAGCUAGGGUUCCUGGCCGCAGUUGGCAAAUCGGGCGUACCACCGUCCAAGCGUACCAUCAUCGACCACUGCAUUCGGCAUCCAGGGUUUCUGAAGACCUAUGGAAAAUUUAUCUGCAGCGCAGUGUUGGAGCUGGGCAGCAAAGCAAACGCACUGCAGGCUACCUAUGCGUUCUACAGCACCACGACUCUGGGUAUGCUGCACAACGUGGAAACGGUGACCGAAAACCACGUGGUUGCCGUGCUGAAGACGGUCGGUAAGGGACUAGCGUCGAGGGCGAUUGAUUUUGCAGCCGGUGCGUUCAUGAUCGUCGGCCAGAUGGUAAUGAAGACGAAUCUGGCGGAAAGCACGAUCGAAUACCUGGUACGGCGUGUCUGUGGCGUUCAGCAUCCGGCACUCACUACCGAAGCGACCAUGCUGCUGGUACUGAUCGUGCAAACGCAACACGAACGGAUGGUUUCGAUUUCCAAGGAGCUGAUGGAAGAGAUCAUCCGCUGCAAAUGGCUUACACCGACGCUGUGCAACGUAAAGUCGGACGGUGUCGAUGUGAUGGUGCUGUAUCGGAAACUGUUGGAAAAUUGUUUGAAUGAAAUAUGCUGCACUGCAGGUUCGCUGGUGGAGUAUAGCAGUUUCUGCGAACAAUUGAUGCUUGAAGUUCAAUUGACCGACGAGGAAGCGGAAGAUAUAAUUCAGUGUGUGCUGGAUUCCUAUUUUCACAAAGGUGGCCAAUCGAGUAGUGCAUCUAAGCCUGCUGCGAAAACCUUACUCCACGAAGACACGAUCGAUCUAGACACGGACGAAGAAGAUUACGAGGACAAGGAUCAAAGCGUGAUCAAGUGGUACUCCGAUUUUUUGAAAAGCUUCGAACGGCAGUAUCCUGUCGCUUUUGAUAAGGUCGUAAAGCGCGUCAUGAAGGGUCAAUAUUCGCACAAAAAGCGUAAUGCGUUGCGAAAUGUGUUGGGUUUCCUCCUGCAAGCGUCGUACAACGAGAACGAAACGAGUGUGUUUGAAAAUCUCUUCCACUACGACGUCGAACGGCGUAAGCAUGCGGUUGAAUAUUUGGUUAAAAAUUUGCGCCUUAUGAAGCUGAAAAGCCGUGGCAAGAUGGAUCUGUUGCGCGACAGCGUUCGGGAACGGCUAGACGACGACAGCUACGAGGUGAUUGAGGAACUGCUCAAAAUCGAUCCUACCGAGCUAGUGAAUGUGGUCGGUGCUGACGAGUUGAUCAGCAAACUGAGCAAUCUUGUGCUGAAAUGUGCCGCCAAUCAGACACGCUGGAAGGCGGUAACGCCACGCCUAAUCGAACUGCUUACGGACGAGCGUAUUUACCGUGUGGUCGAUGUGAACCGGGUCAUCGUUACGCUCUAUCCGUUGUUAUUCCCACUUGGAGAUGAUCCUGUGGGCAAACGAAAUGCGGACGGCUUGAUAUCGUCCCCCUUCGGCAAACAGUAUCUGGUGUCACAGUUUUAUGGCAACGAGGCGAAUUGCAAUUUGAUACUGGACAUUCUACAGAACGCCGGCCAAUGCACGAACCCGAUACAGGUGUGCUUCAACAUUCUGCUGAUAUCGUCCGCACUGCCCACACCGUGCACCGUGCAGCAGGCGGACCGCGUAUUGGACUAUGCGGUAAAGCAGAUAACAAACCAUCGCUUCCAUUACGCACACACAUCGGACAUUCAGUGUUUGCGGGAGAACAAACUGCCCCAGGAUCUGGUUACGAUUCCGAUACGGUUCAUCAUCGACCGGGUGCAGUUUGAUCCGAUCGUUGAAAUGAACUUCGAGCGGCAAAGCACCUCGCUGAAGCUUCGGCUGCGGAUAUUCAACGAACUGCUCGAAAAGUACUGCACGAUCGAUGUGAAGCAUGAGCAAGUGCGCGCAAUUUUCCGUGAUUUGCUGAAAAACUAUCUGACCCGCCUGUACCCACAACCGGAAGAUAGGAUUGAAUUUCUUUCGCACUUCUACACCGUUCAUCUGAUCGAAUCGACUGCUCAAGACGAAACGAUCAACUUCCUGAUCAGUCCAACGUUGCAGAUCCGCUGCCAGCGCCUGCUCAACUCUAUUCUGGAACAGCUGAAGGGCACGGGCUGCAAGGUAACGAACAAUGCGUUCAUAAACAUUCUACUUUCGCUCACGUCCGAAUCGAUGGUGGUGCGCGAGUGUGGCCUCAAAACGGUCGAGUUAAUCGUUGAGCUGAAGAAAGCGAACGGUCUGUCGAAAGCAGCGAACAGCUUCCUGGAGAAACUGUUCGCCCGGCGCGAAGAGCUUACCAUGGACAGCGAGCAGCUGUCGUUGGUAGUGUUUACGAUAUUUUUCAUGGAAGAUGCAAAACCGUUGAAACCAACGAUCGAAUGCUUCAUCGCACGUACGGCGGACCCUAGCACACCCACCUACAUCGUGUGCGGUAUAAUGGACUUCCUGAAACUGCUUGACGAUCCGCUGGUGUUGGUCAACGCAGCGUCCAAGGGCGUAAGCAUUGUGGAGCGCGUAAGCAACGACAAGGAUCGUGCGCUGUUCGAUGCAUACGAAUCGAAGCUGCUGCAAUUGCUGAUCGGCCGCUUCAAUGUGGACAUUGCCCAACAUCUGGCGACGAACGAAAUCUGUCAGCGGCUGGUAACGUUAACGUUGGCCUGCGACAAGCCGUUGGUGUUACCGCUGGAGCGGAAGCUUCUCACGCCGGCCAUUAUGAUGAUUGAAGCACUCGGGGGCGAACUGUUUGAGACGCUUCCCGAGCCAUACACGAAACAGGUUCUGCAGUGCAUCGUCGAGGCAGCAACACUCUCGCAACACCCGGAAACAAACUCAGCCACGGCGAAGCUAUUCAAGCACAACAUUAUCAACGCGGAACUGGUGGUGGAUAUGCUGAGCGCGAUGUACGAUGGCCGAGCACAGGACGCGGCCAGCACUCCCAAAGAUAAGGGUAAAACGGGCCGUAAAUCCAUCAUUUCCGUAGCUCCGUCGGAGCGAGUGCUCGCCUCGACGGUGUGGAAAUGUGGCGUAACACUGCUGGAGCACUUGCAGAACAAGAAGAAGCUAGAAAAUGCCCAUCUGCUCGUGCCGAAGUUGUUCGAGUGUCUGAAGUAUUGUCUCGAUUUCGAGGAGCAAUCGGCGCUAGAGUACGUAAAGCAGAUCGUACUGUCGCUGCUGCUGUACUGCAUCCAGAAGGUGGAGCAAUUGGAUAGCGGUAGGGCCGGGAACGAAUCGCCAUUUGCGAAGGCGAGCAGCAUGUUUAAGGUGGAGCAGAUUGUCCACUGCAUCCGGGGCACUCAGAACCCACAGACGCACCAUCACGCGCUACUGCUGCUGGCGCACGUGGCCCGCUACGUACCGGAUCAGGUGCUGCACAACAUGAUGGAAAUCUUCACCUUCGUUGGUUCGUCGAUCGUCCGGCAGGACGACGCGUACAGCUUCCAGAUCAUAGCGAAGAUCAUCGAAACGAUCAUACCGACGAUCGCACUAGGUGGAGCGGCGGCCGGUUCCGCCACCAACCACAACGCGCUGCAGCAGGUUAUUCCGAUUUUAAAAAUCUUUUCUGACAUCAUACUGGAUGUGCCGGAGCAUCGGCGCAUCCUGCUGUACGUGAAGCUGCUGCAGACGCUCGGCGCCGAACAAUAUCUGUGGGUAUUUUUGGGCGUGCUGAUCGAGUCGGACGUCAUGAAGGGUGGACAGAGGGCGGAAAAGCGCAACGCGGCUAAAUCGCGUGCCGAAGCCGAACUGUCGUUGAGCGAGCUGUCGAAGCGCAUGGAGGUGGCGCUACUGAUAGCGAGCGAGUUCGAACCGACCGUCAUCGUCCAGACGUGCACAAAUCUGAUCGAUUAUCUGCGCGACCUGCCGAUGGAGAUCGAAAAGCGUAAGGCCGAUGCGGAGCAAAUCAUGGAGGUGGAUGUGGUGGAUUCGACCAUUUUCAACGUGAAAACGCACAACGGUCGUCAGCUGAAACAUUUCAAAUACUCACUGGUACAGUUCGUCGCCGGGCUGUUGUCGUCGGUGUUUGUCAUUAACAAGAUUGCUCAGCUAACGGAGCAGGAAACGCUCGGUAUGAAGAAGUACUAUCAAAAUCUAAUAGUCGGAAUAUUGACGUACGUCAAUGCGGUCUCCAAAAUGCUCGACAAGCUAAAGGAGGACAGCUCGGACGAAAAGAUCCCCCUGUACUGGAGGGCUAUGCUGAACAAUUGUUACGACAUACUGGAAAGUACCAUCUCGCUGCUUUCGGCCGACACGUUGAUUAUCGUCGUGAAUGGACUGCUGAGCCACCGGUUUUUGAUGGUGCGCCGCAAGGUGAUUGAACUGUUGAACAACAAGCUACAGUACAAGCAGGACUACUUCAACGAAAAGCAUUACCCGGGGCUGCUUAAUCUGUUCAAGCCGCUGAUGGCGCUGGUUAGGAAUAUGCACGAGGAGGAGAACGUCGUCGGGACUUCGUUCGAGCGAAUGGUAAUCGUACAGCUGAGCUACAUUGCGGUGCGCCAUCUGUCGAAGAUACUGACGCAGUACGACACCAAGAAGGUGCAGUCGGUGUUGGCCAUGUUGAUGGAGGAGCUGCAGGCUUACAAGAAACACCCGAACACGCAGAUACUGUCGUCGCUGAUCCUCUGCAUUGGUGAGCUGUGCAGCAACCUUGGACCGUAUUCGAUCAAUUUCCUGCCCCAGUUUAUGCCGAUGGUGAACAAGUUUCUCAACGCUCAGCUACAGUCGCGCGAACCGAUCGACAUUCUUACCUCCAGCAUUGUGCUGCUAACGGUGAAGAUUGUCGAUACGCUGGCCCGAUUCAUUUCGCCGUACCUGUGCGAUAUGCUGGUCGGUAUGACGAAGCUGUACGCCAUGAUCGAGCAGAAGAACGAUCCACGGUUGGGCAAUAUGAAGUCACGGUUGGUGAUGAUUUGGGAUAGUCUUUCGAGUACGAUCGCACCGCGGGUACUGCUGCCAGCGAUUGAACAAUCGUACCACACGCUCGUCGAAGCGGGCGAGCUUGGCGCCGUCGGACCACUGAUGGCACUUCUCUCGACCAUGUUUAACGGCAUGAAGUCGAGCAAUUUUGCCGCCAUUCGCAGCGAAGUAACGGACCUGUUCCUGACGGCCCUCCAGUUCCGGUGUUACAACUCAUCCACGGACAAGUUUACGCUCGCAGCAAUCGAUGCGGCCGAAGCGCACGUUAUCAAGUCGUUUGUCGUGUUGAUACUGAAGCUGUCGGAGAGUACGUUCCGGCCCCUGUUUUACCAAGUGUUCGAAUGGUCCAUCCGCGAAACGUCCAGCAAUGACCGUGCAAUAACGUUCUUCAAUUUGUGCUGCCACGUGGCGGAAGCGCUUAAGUCGCUGUUCGUGCUGUUUGCCAGCGAUCUGAUAGCGAUUGCCGUCAAGCUGCUGAACGCUACCAAUGCGGCCAAGGUCGACGGAACCGCCGAGGUGCAGGAGUUGCAUUUCGCGGUGAAAUCGAAAAACGUGACAUUGCUCCGCUACGUACUGAAGACGCUGUACUGCAUCGUGCUGUACGACAAUCAGAACUUCAUCAAUGCGGUACGGUUCGAUAUGCUGCUCGGGCCGGUUACGGACCACCUGGAAAACGAGCUUAUUAUCAGCGAGCCAGAAGUUCGCACCCUGGUGAUAGACGUCCUCGCCCAGAUGGCAGUGGCGGUGAUGGAUGAUUCGCUGUGGCGUCAGCUAAAUUAUCAGGUGCUGAUGAAAACACGUAACAACGAUGCACAAGUGAGACUGUUCGCACUGGAGGCAGGCACAGAAAUAGCGCGUAAGCUGGGCGAAAGUUACGCGCCACUGCUGCCGGAAACUAUACCCUUCCUGGCGGAACUGAUGGAAGACGAUAAUGAGGACGUUGAGAAAGCGGUGCACCAUUCAUGCCGUGAAAUUGGCCGUGCCACUGGUGAAGAUUUGCAGAAAUACUUCUAAAAGUAUAUACGAUACGUGUACUGUCGUUGCGUUAGUGACAUUUUAGCGAAUCGCAGUGAAUGCGAACCGCGACCUAUUUAAAGCGACUUGAAAGCGAUUCGCUUUGUAAUGUUGGAAUGUCGGUAAGAAUAAAGAAUGGGUCGAAUGAAUAAAUGAA